GUACAGGUGAGCAGCAUGACUAAACCAACACACACCAAACAGGAAGGAGUACAGAAUCGUGGAGUUUUAUCUGGCGCUGUGAAACUGUGAUUGCUGCAGACUUUGUCACCUGCAGCCCAUUAUAUUUAUCUGUGCGGGGUGGUUCUGGACAAAUAAUGGACAUGGAGAGAAAUUAGACAAAGUACAGCGACCUUCCAUCCUUUUAUUUGCAGCUGAAACAAACAGUUUUUUACAGACUGGCUGAACAAUCAGAACACAGACAUCAAAAUCUUUUCUACAAGGAGCAAAACAAACAAACUGUAACUCCGAAUGGUGGAGCUGCCAACCACAGAAUUACUGUAUUCAUGACCAAUUCUUGGUUCUGGUGUGCUGAUGUAUUUGAGUAAUAAUCAAAACUACCACCAGAAGAAAUAAGAACUUUCCUUCUCAAUUGUGGUUUUGUGAAUAAACAAAGGAAUGAAAUUGAUUAUCCUGCCUUCAGAGGCCGUGUCUGGCUUUAAUGUAAAAGAAAAAACACAGAACUCCGGAAUAAAGCAACUUUAAUUGAAUGCAUUGGAGCUCUGAAUACAAACCAGUCCCUGGAAUGACCUUUCCAGAGUGAUAUGUUAUUACUCACAUGCACCUAACAGCAGGAAGCUGCCAUAUACACAGUUCCCCUUCACGUCACUGUAGAGUUAUGAUCUCCAAGAUAAAGGGCAGAUCCUUUUCUCCGAAAGAAAAAUAAUCUGCGGGCUGGAGAUUGGGAUGCAGACGAAAAGCAUGUUUUGGUGACCAAAAUAGCAGAGGAGGAAGAGCAACGUCUGGGAAAAGAGAAAAAGGAGUAUUAGAGAGAUGCGAAUAGGGAAGACUGGACUGUUUCUCAGCCCCCUUUGCCAGAUUUGCAACAGAGCACAACAAACUUGUGCAAUUUUCGUGGCAGUUGUCCAUGGGAACUCAUCCAAGGCACAUCGGAUUUGACCCUCCUGGGAGGUCCUAUUAGACAGAGAAUAAUACUUCAUGAAGACCAAAGUAAAGCGCACUUCUUCUGUCAAAUUUCGGCUGAAUACAGGACAACAUUUGGAAGGAUUACUGUUGAAAGGGAAGCCACAACCGGAAGCAGGAACCUGGAAAGCUGAGCUACUCCUUUCCUUGUCCAUUUUUGUGUGUUGUCUUGUAUUCCUAAACUUAUUCACUGCCUGCCAGUAAGGACUAAAACUUCCAUCUUCCAACUGGACCAACGAUUGAGCUGCCUGGAACGAAGCACUCACAUAUCCCCCUGCAGAGGGCUUUUGUUUCUGCUGCAGCAGAAGCAUUUCACCGUGGGUAGCGAUGGAGAUGGAGAAGGGACAUACAUCUAUCAGGAGAGGAGUGAGCUGGAGCCCAGGAGGAUUGAGAAAACCUCUACAGGCAACGCAAAACAUGCAUACCCCUGGGACAGAAUGCAAUGCAUCAUGGGAGACGACAGGAUUCAACAAAGAACAGAUGAGCCGGAAAACAAAUCUGACCAGGAGCGCCAGUUUAUCAGAGAAGGAGCUAAAGGAGGCUCGUGUCAGGAGUCAGAUCAUCGCUGCUCAGCUCACAGUCCCUUCCAACUCCAGCUCCAGAGGCGUGCAGCUCUUCAACCGGCGCAAGCAGAGAGUCAACGCCUUCACGCUUGAAAGCUGUGGAGAGGGGUCAGAGGAGGACAGAGCUGAGAAUGUGAAAACAGAACCCUCAUCUAACAAACUAACAUGGGCAGAGAGGAGCACUGAGGAAAAGGAUAGAGUCCUGAACUUUAAGAAUAGCGUUAGCAAGCCCCUUUUGUCACCACCUGGGACACAUUCAGUAGGUGAUAUCAUGGAGGAGCCAAGUAAGGAUUUCCACAAGGAAGAGGACAUGGAAGACAGUGUUAUCCAAGAGAGACAUUUCCUUCCUGUCAAGGAAGAGCAGGAGGAAGAGGAGGAGGCAAGAGAUAAAAUCCACGAGGAGCUUGAGGACAAAAACAAGGAUGAGAUUCCCCCUGGAAGUAAUAAAACUGGCCCAGUUCUGAUGGGGCAUGUUGAGGGGCAGGCAGAGAUAAAUGGGGGCCAGACAGGGCCAGUUCCCCCUGGAAAGCUUCAUAAUGGCUGCCACAGUACUUCUGGACCUGAGCGGGUGUCUGCGCCCACAACCAAACAGACAAGCACCAUCAUUAAUCGGACUGCCAGGCCCUUUUUUUCACCGCUGACAGUGCAGUCUCCAGAGGCAGCCAGCCCUGUCACAGAGAUCCCCCCUCCUCCUUCUUACGCCACUCCUCCUCUUCCUUCUUUCACUGCUCCCCAACCUUCGGCGUUCUCACCACCCCCUCCUCCUCCGUCAUACCCCACACCUCCUUUACCAGCCUUUACAAACCAACCUCCGCAGACCUACUACUCCAGUCCACCUCCGAUGUCUCCUGUCAUGUCCCCUCCACCAUCCCAGUACCCUAUGCCUUCUGUAUCUCAGUACCCACCCAUGCCCCAUUACGGCCCUCCCACAGCCCCAAAGCCCUCCACCUUCGUUCCUCAGCCUGCUGGAGAGAGGAAGCCGAUAAUACAAAUUAAAACAGGAAUACUGGAGGAGGGUGCUGCUAGAAGGGGAAGUAGGAAGUCAAUGUUCACAUUCAAAGAGAAGACAGUGGUAGCUCCGAACCCUGAGCUGCUCUCCUUGGUGCAGGGGGCGGAUGAAAGGAAGAAACAUGGACAAAGAUCUGUGCCUGAGCCAGCAUCUGAAGAAGAGUUAUUGGCGCUAGGUGCAGAGGCCUCCAACUUUCUUGCCAAGGAGGAGGAAAGGGCCGAGGAGGCAAUAGCACCAGAGUGGGCCUCCUGCCUCAAGACCUCCAGGACCCGUCCGAGGGCAGAGCACAGGCCGGAGCAGACCCUCACCAAUGUAUCAGGAAAGGGGGCUGAACUGUUUGCCAAGCGUCAGUCCAGGAUGGAGAAAUAUGUCAUUGAGAAGCAAAAUGCAGGACAAAGGAGGUCUCCUUCUCCUACAAUGUCGCUGCCACCAUCUUGGGUGUACCCAUCAAACAUGCCCGGCAGGGUCAAAGCCAUGGCUAAAAACUCUGACAUGAGCGCUCAAGUUUCACAAAACGUAAAGGCCCAACAAGCAGUCAAGCAAAAACCAAGGCAAAGAGCUCCAGCGCCAGAGCCAAUUCCAGAACCUCCUCCUCUAGAAAAUGGCUGCUCCAAGAUAGAGAUGGACUUGUCAAGGCACCGGCCCUACCAGCUUUCAUCUUCCCUCUUCAUCCUUAACCCAGUCAAGGACCCCAUGAGUACCCUACCCAAAGGAGCGCCACAGUCCCAGAACCUGAUAUCUACCCAGCCUUUCUCUCGACAGACCUCCUUACCUAAUAACCCUCCUUCUCACUUCAGUGCCCAAUGUAUGUCUCCACAGCUGCCCCUCAGCCCCACAGGAGGAGGAGCAGAAUAUCCACCAAAUCCAGCGUAUGGGCAGCCAAGGAUCAGCUCUCCGGCCUUUUCUCCAGAGCGAGUAUCCUCUCCUCGGUCAGGGAUCCAGGCACCGAGGCCCAAAUUUUCUGCCAAGAAUGCAGGGAUUACACCGCAGACACCAAAGGAUUCCUCACCAGCUGAAACCCCCACUGAGACUCCUACGCCAACCUGGACGCCCAGCCUCACCAGACGUUUCAGCAGCCCAGAGGGCCCCACUGGGGCCUGGACUCCCAGCCUCCAAAGUAAUCGGCCCUCCACCACCAUCUCCAGUCGCUCCGUUACUUCCCCUGUAUCCUCUCCCAGGGGCACAAGAUGCCAAUCCCCUAUGGCCAGUCAGAAUAUCCAGUUUUCCACUGCUACCUCCACUGCAGCAUCCAGACCCCCCCAAACAUCAGCCGCAUCUCGACGCUCUCCGUGGGGUUCAAGAUGUCAGUCCCCAGUGGUGAGCCAGAAUACUCAGUCCUCCAGCAUCUCCUCCACACCUGGUUUCAGACAAUCCCAAACUUCUACAGCUACUUCUCCGCUUUCUCCUCCUUGGGGUUCAAGAUCUCAGUCCCCAAUGGUGAGCCAGAAUACUCAGUCUUCCAGCAUCUCCUCCACACCUGGUUUCAGACCAUCCCAAACUUCUACGACUACUUCUCCUCCUUGGAGUUCAAGAUGCCAGUCCCCAAUGGUAAGCCAACAUACUCAGUCUUCCACUGUCACCUCCACGUCAACACCCCGACCCUCCCAGACAUCUACAGCCACAUCCCCUCGCUCUCCUUGGGGAUCAAGAUGCCAGUCCCCUAUGGUGAGCCAAAAUACCCAGUCUUCCACCAUCUCCUUUGUUCCCUCAUCCAGACCAUCCCAAACAUCCACAGUCACAUCUCCUGUCUCUCCUCCCUGGGGCUCACGUUCCCAGUCUCCUGCACUCUCUCAUACCAGUUUGUCCUUCUCCACCACUAAACCUCUGUACACAUCUUCUGCCACCUCACCCCCACCCAAAGACAGUCGCUGCAUGUCCCCCAUUAUUAACAACCCAGACUCUAAAGCCAACCAUCGUCUGCUGGCCAAGAACAUCAUCAAUGCAGCCAAACGUAAAAACAGCCCCUCCCCUGGAGCACUGAGCGGUCACAGCCUCCCCAUCUCACCUCUGGGAAAUUCCCACCAUGGCUAUGACUGUCACAAACCACCCAUCAGCCCUUUCCAGUCACGGGCAUUUGGGGCCCAGUCCCCUACCUUCACCAGCCCUCCCCAAACCCCCACACAGAGGAUCUGCUCUCCUGUGAGGCUCUACAACACUCGGUCUCUCACCGACUCUGAUGCCUCUGUUGAGUCUGAAGACUCAGGCCUCCGAUCGCCUGGCCUGCACUCCUACAACACCUGCCCCCGCGGCUGGGGAGGUAGCCUGAGGGUGAAGCGAAGCACCGUCUCCACUGACCUGUGAGGGUGUUUCUGGAAGGCAGUCAAAGCAUGAAUUCCGCUUUCAUAGACUUUUUGGGGCAUUGGAUCAACCAGUAAGAGUUUCUGAUGGUAUUUCAUCAGACUAAUAGAAGAUACCUUUCUGUAACUUUGAUUACCGAUCUUGGACAAUGGUAAAUGUUGUAUUAAGGUAGAAUUAGUAUUUUAUAUGACUCACAUUCAUAGUAUGGACUGACAAGAACAAGCUUUUUACCUAAUGCAGUUGCUGUGGCUUGUACGCUUCUUACAUACCAAAAAGACUCAAAAUACAGUAACCAAAGAUAUUUGAAUUCACUUCAGUUAAUGUUAUACUUUCUACGCCUUCACAACAAACUCACAUUCACAGACACUUUUCCAGUUAGAUAACAUUUAAGUUAAUUGUUUUUGAAAUGUUAUUAAUGAAUUAUCAAUAUGUUUGCUUGUCUGAUGCAAGUCAAAAUGGGAAGAGACUUAAAACAUUUUAAAGGGACACUUCACCCCAUAAUCAAAAAUACAUUUUUUUCGUCUUGCCUGUAGUGCUGUUUAUCAGUCUAGAUUGCCUUGGUGUGAGUUGCAGAGUGUUGGAGAUAUCGGCCAUAGAGAUGUCUACUUUCUCUUGAAUACAAUGGAACUAGAUGGCACUCAGUUUGUGGUGCUCAAAGCACCAGAAAAAUCCUACCUUUUCAUAUAUGGACACGUUCAUUAAAUAAGCAUUCAACCCCACAUUUCAACCUCAUAAAGACCAGCACACAGAGCGAUUAUUACCCUGACUUUGGCCUCAGCAGACGAGUCAUAUAUUCACACAAGUCUGUGAACUCGCCACGGGAAGGCCACACCAACACUACUGCUAAUUUGUGACAGUCAUGCUAGCCACCUGCUUGCAUUCAUCUAGCGUGCAUCUACUCAUGAAUGAGAGGCUCGUGCUGGUGACAGCAUGAGUUGUAAACAGUUAAGGAGAAAGUAAAUACUUCCCACAUGAAACUGCUCACAACAAGGUCUGUGGAUUAUCUUGAGUGACCGGGUCGUUAUUUCUGUGAAGUGACAUUGCUGUUGAGCUUUUCAAAUGUAUGUUUUUAGCGCCUUGAGCACCACAAGCUGAGUGCCAUUAAGAUCCAUUAUAUUCUAGAGGGGUCAGACAUCUCCAACACUCGACAACUCACUCUGAAACAAUCUAAUUUAAUUAAUAGCACUACAGGUAAGAGGAAAAACAUUUAUUUUUUGAUUUAAGAGUGAUCUGUCCCUUUAAGGUACAGAAGGGACACAAAAAAUGAGUCAUGUAAAUAUAUAGCUCAUUGGACUGUACAGUAAAGGAUCAAAUUAAACUAUACAGCGAAUAAUGCCUUAGAUUAGUUGGGUAAAAUGAUUUUCCAUUUUAACGUUUUCCCAUGACAAAGAUACAGUGUUAGCUGGGACACAUGCUGUUCACUUUAUCAUGCAUGUUCACAGUGCUCACCACAGUUUAUUAUCCAUUUUAAUCAACAGGAAAUAAAUCAUAUGCAUAAUUAUCGCAGUGCAAUAAUCAAUUUAACGCAGCGUAUGUUAUGUAUGUUAUAUGUUGCUUCAUGUACUGCAUUUGCUAAAAUGAAUGUAAGCUUUACAGAGAGAUUGAUGGAGAAUGAUGAGGAGAUGCAGAGUUAUGUGGAGGUUAGAUGGGGCAUUGACGCACCUGAUUAAUCAAACACUGUUUCCAUGAUUCAGGAGAAAAAGACUCAUAGGUUUUUUGUUUUGUUUAAACCAGGGGUGAUAAAACUUAUUUUAGCCCAUGAGCCACAUACAUCUUGAUUUGAUCUCAAGUGGGCUGGACCAGUAGAACUAUUGCAUAAUAACCUAUAAAUAACAACCCCUCCACGUUUCUAAGUUUUUCCAUAUUCAGUGAGUCUAAUACUCACAGUCAUUUUUCCGUACAUUUCCACUCCUGUGUAGUAAUGCAGGCAUCACCAACCAGCAUUAAGUGGAAGCUAUUGAGGAAGCAAUUAACUUAUCCCCUGCCUUGCAAACCAUUUUCAAAUCAAAUGAUUUGGCAGUGCCUUAGCAAUAGGCUUCCACCAAUACUGUUUUCAGAUAGAAGUCUGAUACAGAUUUUUUUGUACUGAAGCUGCUAGUUGCCAAUAUUUUGCACAAUGUUCAGUAUCUUUAAAUAGGACCACAAUAAGUAUUUGUUUUUUCAGAGAACUGUAUUCUGGUCAUGGCGGAAAACUGCACGAAGUAGGCUACUUAUUGUUUAACACAUCUUAGCCUUCACAAGUGCAUCAAUAUUAGGUGUGCAAAGUCAUCCAGUGGGCCAGAUUGGACUCUUUGAUGGGCCGAUUCUAGCCCAGAGGCUGUAUGUUUGACACCCCUGGUUUAGACAUCGAUGACUACAAAUUCAGUGAACAAAUAUUAGCUAUCAACAUGUAAUGGCAUAUUGAUUGUAAUAUUCAUAUUGAAGACCAAUGUUUGUAUGCCUGAGUUUUUUUGUGGACCACCUGUUAUGUCUUUCAUGAGGAACAAUUAACGUUUUGUGCCUGUACUUAUUGUACAAAGUGCCUGUUUGGAUGAGGUUUAGGAGCAAAUGCGUACGUCAGAGAAGGUACAACUAAAUGUUGUUAAACGUUCAUGGGAAAAAAGGUG